AUGGAAAUGCAAAUGGAAAUGCAAAUGGAGCAGCAGCAGCAGCAGCAACACCAACAACCCUCUCUUCACCACCAGCCUCAAGGUCAGGCUCAAGCCCACACUCAGCAGGGCCAGACCACCCAGGCGCGGAGUCAAGAUCACAUGCGGCUCCCACCGCCGGUUGAUUUUGACUUUAACGGAAUCGGCAACGGCAACCCAUCGCAUGGCGCCACAGACCCAAUAUUCCACAAGUCGCUUCAGCAAUUGCAGCCGACCCCCGAUAAAGCGCAUUCCUCCUCCUUGACGCUCUCUCCGCCCUACACGAACCCCAGCGCAAGCCCAUUCUACCCCCCAGGCGCCACCGACAGCAGUAAUCACCAUCCUACCCGCCAUUCCAAGUCUUCCUCCUUGUCUCCCCGACCUCCAAGCCAACUACCGGCCUACUCGCCGCCAUCGUACGCUUUCGCACAGCAGAAUCACGACCCGGCGACCUUGGACUUCCCCCAGGCGCCUUCCAACGAGCUCGCACCCCUUCAGUUAAAUCCUACCAGCGACCACGGCGUGAACUCUCUGCCCUCGCUGGCCUACCUGACCGGCCCGCCCACGUCUGCUUCCCUCAGAUUCUCAUCAUCGACAGGGGGGAGCGACACGUCAUUCUCGCCUCCCGCGCGAUCUCGGCCGUGGCCCUCGGGGAACCCAUAUUCGGUGUACUACACAGGGAAUAAUGCGCAGUCGGGUGGCUCGCCCGCCAAGAUGGAUCUCGAUAGCUUGAGCAGUGGCACGAGGGGGCCCUUGAGCCCGGAGCCCGUAGGAGGCCGAGCAAGCAGUGUCAGUCUGGACGAUCCGGACGUGCGAAUGGCAGCGGAAGCCCUUGGGGAUCUGAAGGCUGAUUUCGUCUCUUCUCCCCAGAACAAGAAUACACCCAUGCCCAACUCGCCCUCGAAUAUGUUUGGCACUCCUGGCCCUCCCGAGCCGCUCUUAUCGCUUGUCAUGACGUCGGGCUCCGUGCUCGCGAAACCAAUCGAGGGCACCGUUUCUGCCUACAACACGACCAAGAACUUCUCUCCUGGGUUCAUAAAAACACCUGUUGAUUAUAUCGAGGGCGUCGUCGGGUCGGGUCUUCACCUCACGGGUAUCGAAGGUGGCGUGAGGUGGUUCUUCCGCGGAAAGGGGCGCCACCAGUCGUCGUCUGACCUUGAGAGCGGCGAGAAAAGCCACAAGCGGCGGAAGGUGGGCAGCAGGGGCAACUCAACCUCUGCCCCGCGGCGUGACUCCGCGAACGGUGCAGAUGCGCAAGGGCAAAUGGAUCCUUACGGCUUCACCACCAAGGACCGAAGGCUCUCCAUGAGCACCGUCGACACACUGCCAGCAUACGACGACGCCCGGAGCCCGGCAUAUACGGAAGAUGCAGGCACAGUGCAAAAUGACAAGUCAGAACGGACAGGUUCAAGACCGUCGUCUACGACCCCAACGGCGUGGCAAUCUCGGCUCAUCAUGUCGACGUCUGGCCUCAGCAUUGCGAUGAGCGAGGAAAGCCUGCGCAGCCUCAAGUACUGUCUGGGUUGGUUGCGAUGGGCCAACGACCACAUCGGCAGGGUGAUCAGCGCUCUGAAAGACGCAUUAGACAGGUAUGAAAGCCAUCCUCAACUCGAGGACCACGCAAUGACCGACGCGGCCGGCACGUCGGUGGUACGGGACGACGAGCAGGCUCGGCGCGAAAUCGGGGCACGGAUCGAUGCCCUGCGGUCAGAAGUUCUCAAGACCCUGCAAGGUGUUAUUGAGACUGUGUCCAAGUACGCAGGCGGCGCUCUCCCGGACAACGCACGAGCGCUAGUUCGGAGACACCUCACCUCGCUGCCACAGCGGUUUCGCAUUGCAACACAAGAGUCGGGCAGCAAUGCCAACAGUAACCAGGCCUCAUCUUCCGAGGAGGGUAAGGAGCAGGAGGUCCGAGAUGGGGCCCAGCGGGUGCUAGUCCUGGCCAAGGAGGGGCUGGACAUGAUGGCACAGGUGAGCGGCGUGCUCGAUGGCACAAUUGUCAGCGCCGAGGAGUGGUGUGACCGACUCGGCAAGAAGAGGAGGGGAGAGCAACAGCCAGAGAAGCGUCCUGGGGAUGAGCACAAUCAACCCCAGCAGCAACAGCAGCCACAGACUGUUCCAUUUGCUGGAGUUGACGUCAAGAUGGGCUAG